CUCGACACGACCCACUUUCCUCGGCACGUUAACUAUAUCCCCAAUUCGAUCUCCUUGCCGUUUGUCAGACACAAAUGUGUUUAUUGACACUCCCGCUCAUAGGAUCUGUUUUCCAUAUAAACACAUUCGAUUUGCUUUGAAAGUAUCCAAGAACAGCGUGGAUUGUAUACAGAGCGUCGUUAAGGAGACGCAAAAAUAUCUUUUUAAUAGCAAACGUUCUUAAAUAUAACCUGAUGCCUUGUACGAAAAGAGAAAGCAGUUCAAAGUUCGUGUUUCACACAUAUUUAUAAUAUUUUUUGGUAACUACAACUCUUCGAUAAUUUUAUUUAUUUGCUUAUAUCAAAUGUUCGAUAAUUUUAUUUACUUGUACAUAUUAAAUCAAUCUAAAGCAUCGCUAACAUUGUCCACGAACAAAGCAUAAAACGUUUCCUUUACAAUGUCCAUACAAGCGAUGAUAGUUACCAUAAAGCUCACUCAAUCUAAGAAAACAAAGGACAAAGAUAUUCAUAAAAGCAGGUUCUGCAUAGUGAAAAAUAAUAAGAAAAAAAUACUUGAUUAUGAUUUAUCUCUAUUUUAAAUAGAGGUAUACUAUUUUAAUAGAUGGCAUACUUUGAAAAAAUUUACUUCUUGAGAAAAUCUGAAAUGAUUACUUCAAUGUUAGAAAUAUAAUAGUAGCACUGUUAGCAAAUUGUUACUUUUAUCUGAAUUCUUAGAAACAGUUCCCGACCAAGUAUCGUCAUGCUUUUAGGGAAGUUGUUACCUACUUAACCAUCCUUCGUCUUCUUUCAUUCGCUUUUUUUCCUAAUCAGGAAGUCAAAACUUUCGCAUUAUGUACCCGAAAGUGUGUUUGCGUAUUCCAGUAAAACCGGUGCUAUUUUGUUUCCCGCAUGUGGUAUACGACGCGUGACGGCUUCGCUCGGCUGAAACGUAGAGCGUCACAAUGAAACAGACGGGCCAGCACCACCGGUACAAUGCUAAUGGUGUCACGGUGACCGUAUGCUAACGCUUAUAUCCAACGGGGGAUCACGAAUUGUGCAAACGGGACACGUUGUUGAUCACGACGUGUCUUUUGAUGGCUCUCUCAGUCGCUUCUUCCUUCAUUCCUGAUUUGCGAUGAUGAAAAAGAACGUCAUGUUGACGUGUUACAUGCUCAAUGUUCUACGAUUUACGAAUGCACUGAUUUUGUUUGUGAAGGUAAUUAAAUGUCGCUGGGGAAAGCCUCCCAGUUCAUGGACUUAUGUUUCUUUGGUUUUAAUUUAUAAUACCGUUCUUAUUUAUGCCACGCAUGUUUUGUUCUAAAUGAAUUAACGUAUGCUGCUCACACCGCCAUUGUGACUCCCCGAUGUCUACUUACGUCCGUACGUCCGUACGUACGUACGGACGGACGAACGGAUGGACAUAUGUACGUAGGUACGUUCGUCGAGAUUAUUUUUGGUAUGCAGUCUAACGAAAUCGGGCGAAAGCCAUCGUUCUCUUAACGAAAUGAUAUGUGUGUUGGUACUUCAGUGCAUUAGCUGUGUCUACGUGAUACGUAUUAGAUAACACGGAAAACCACUGUACACGUUGGCGAACCACGGCAGACGUUUGUGGUUCGACGUGCGACAUACUUCACCACCGCCACCAGCACCAACAUCUGCAGCUACUCGAAAGGAGAGUUCGUCACUUCGUGGUCCUCGAACUCUCCUUCUUAAACGUAGCGAAAAUGGCUUCGGAUUUACUCUCCGACAUUUUAUCGUUUAUCCGCCCGAGUCCUGUUGCAUGUUGCCAGGACACGAGCGGACAAGGAUCGAUGAGCCUAUGGACACGAUCUUCGUAAAGCAGGUGCGAGUCAAUUCGCCAGCAGCAGAAGCAGGUCUUCGUACGGGUGAUCGGGUGGUUUCCGUUGAUGGAAUACCAACACGAGGUGAACAAUACGCUAGUGUAGUCCAACGUAUUCAACAAGCGGGUCCUUGGUUGCGACUACUCGUUGUUUCAAAAGAAGACGAUAUUUUGCAACGGUACUUUGGUGAAACGGCACAUAAUCCUGAGACGAAUCAACGUCCACGAUUACGUUCUCCAGAGAGGAUUUCUCAGAAGCAAAGAAGAUCUAUCAGCAUGAUCCCAGGAUCGUCGCCGAAAACAACGAGGCAAUCAUGGAUUUGCUCGCUUCCAGAUUCAGAUAAUCAGAAUACGACUUGUAGAGAAAGCGAAGAGGCUGUUUACAAAGAACAACAAGGCAACAAGAUGUCACCGUCUAUACCAGUUAUCACGGCGCAACAAAGAAGAUUCCUGCAAGAAACGAGUGUUCCUUGCGAACCUAUCGAGGAUAGAAUGCAAUCAAGAAAACUACAGCAACAACAACAAGCUAGAGAAGCCAUGGAAUCGCCUCUCCAAUCGUACAGCCGCCCCUCACCAGAUCAGAGAUUCGAUUUGUAUGAUAGAACGCGUCCCGAAUCGAUUUACUCUAGACCGAGUAACGAACAAAUUUACGAUCGAAUUAAAGAUCCUAUUUACGAACGCGUUAGAUCAGGUGAAUCAGGCCAAUUUGAGAAAGAACAACAACAGCUAACGAUGUUACGUUAUCCUAUGUCCCGCGCGGAACCACAAGUUCCUAUUUACCGUCCUGGCAGACGAGUGAUAACGAGACGAGCGAGUGAAGGUAGUGGAGGGACUGGGCAAACAAAUGAAUCAGAAGUUCCGAGUUAUGGAAGUAUAGACGCUCUUAGAUUAAACGAUCCAAGUUUAAGGUUGAGCAUGGAUUCUCGAAGAGACUCCUCACCAGUCAGUAAGGGUAGUUUGUCCUCGUUUGAUUCUAAUUCGACCGUUACUGGAAACGAGUGCUCCGAUGACUCUGUAAUCAUGAACAGAUUACGUAAGAGUUUCGAACAAAAGGAAGAAUUUUUACGCAGACCGAGUCAUCCGAUCGGAUGGAAUAUCGCCGAGGAUGCGUCAAGAUUGCAACAAGGUGGUAGCAACUCGGCUGUUAUUCAAAGAGAAUUUUACGCGAGACCGCAAAAACUUCAAAGGCAAAUUUGGCCGCCUAAUGAGCAACAACAAAGGCAACAAUCGCCUACGAGAAGAGUGGAAAAUAAAAGUAAUGGUAAAUUGUCAUUAACGAAACCGUCGAAUCAAAACGUCCAAAGAGUGAAGACGGAUCUUGAUUCUGAAUCGGAUUAUACUAAUACGCGAAGCGAUCAGAAUGAUGAUCGAUCGAAUCUUAUUGACAGUCAACGUAGCAUCAGAGAUAGAUUUUAUUCCAGUCUUUAUGAGAGCCAAUUGGGCAAAGAGAAUCAUUUCGUUUAUCUAUCAACUAAAACUAACGAUCAAGAUAGAUAUAAAAACACCAAUAAAUCUGUUUUCGUUAGCACCUUAUCGAGAAUUCAUGAAAAUACGUCGAACUUAGCAACGAAUCAGCAACAACCUCAAGAUCCUCGGAAUGAAUCACUUUCUGUGCCAUCUUCGCCAGGCCCAGAUAAAAAAAAUAAUGAUAAAUUCCUGGUACCCCCGCAGGGACUACAAAUUGUUUCUAGACGAGCGAAACAAUUCGAGUCUGGUCGACUUCUUAGCGAUGAUGAAGAGCCAACCAGCGAUCGAACUAAUCUGUACAAAAGCGAGCUGUCUAGGUUGUCUAACAAACGAAGUGUACCAAAUGUUGCUGUCAUGAAGAGAGAAUUCGAGUCGAAAGCAGAAUCACAAGAACCAAGAAGAAUGCCUGGUAAUAGAGAGAGCAGGUCGUUAGAUUCUGGAAGGGGAUUGUCCGGAAACAGAAUAUUUCCUAUAGGCAGCAAGUACAUCCAUUGUGAACCCCCUGCCAACUAUAAAGAAGUUCAAGAAAUACCAACGAUGGAAAUAGAAGCAGUUCAUCUUAGGGCACGUAGUAAUAGUGCAGAAUCUUGGGAAACUGUAAACGGAUCGCGUGGAAAUAUAAGACAUACAUGGCAAACAGAGCAAGAAGAGGAGAAAGACAUUAGAAAUGAUAAUAAUAAUGGUGAUAGUAAAAACCAAAGCUAUGCACAGUCUACUAGAAGUCAACUUGCUUCUUGCGAUGAAACAUCAAACAAUGGAGUAAUCCUUAGACGACAGAAAAACGCACAAUUAAGUGAUGAAGAGCGCGCUACGAGAAGAGUUUCCUACCUGAAAGCUACGUGGGGUGAACGAAUGCACGUUGAUAGCGAUUUAGAUCUUAGUGACACUGAACCUGUUCACGUUCUUAGAAGUGCACAUAGACGAUGGAGACCACCGUCAUUUACAAGUGACAUAGCACCGUUAAGACGAAUCUUUGAGGAUAUGACGCAGUCUGCAAAUCUUCAUCGACAUUCUCUUCGUAACAGUAUCAUAAGUACUACGGAUAGUGGCAACGAAGCUCCGAAGGAGGUUGAACCUAUUGAACGAGAAGGCACACUUCACAUCAAGUUCACAGUGCUCGAUGGCAAGCGAUCUUCUGAUCGUUCCUGGAAGCAAAUUUGGGGUGUUCUUCGAGGUCCAAUUUUAUUUUUUUAUAAGGAUCGUCACAGUCAGAGCCCUUCAUCGGUUAACGAUACUGAAGGUACUGUACAAAAUAUUGAUGUAAGGUGUUCAUUGGUGGAUAUUGCUGAGGAUUAUACUAAACGAAAACAUGUAUUACGAGUGGUGAAUCCUACAGCAGAAGUGCUUUUACAAACAGAAGAUGCAGCUUCGAUGGCUCUUUGGCUAAGAUCACUUCAUAAAUAUGCUGCUACUGAAAAGCCAUUGGAUAUUACCUCUAGUACUUUGAAACAACAAGCAGUACCACAAACUCCCGGACCAACAACACCCAGUGUUGCCUCUGUUCAAAAUGCUAAUCAAAGACUGAGUCCCUUACCCAGUCACAAAGGUAUCAAGAAGUUAACAUCUUUCAGAAAUAGAUCACCGACUGGGCAAUCGCCAGUAAAUAAAACAAGAAAGCCAAGUCAAAUUGUGGAACCUCUUUCAUCUCCAAAAACCAAAACUUGGAAGGGUAGAGUAGCUAAACAAUUUAGAAGAAUGCAUGGUUCACCAUCAUCACCUACUGCACAAUUGCCACCUGAAGGAGCUACAUUUAAAGUGCCACUUGAACUUUGUCCAUCGUCUUCCUUUUCGGAAUUUGUACCUCUUAUAGUUGAAAUGUGUACUAGUAUAGUUGAGGCACGUGGUCUUGAAGUUGUUGGAAUAUACAGAGUGCCAGGAAAUACUGCUGCCAUUUCUCAGCUUACUGAGAGUGUAAAUAAAGGAUUUGAAAACAUUAAUCUUCAGGACCCCAGAUGGAGCGAUGUGAAUGUGAUAUCUUCUUUACUCAAGUCUUUCUUUCGACAUUUACCAGAUUCACUAUUAACUGCAGAAUUAUAUCCCAUGUUCAUUGACGCAGAUAAGAUUGAAGAUCCUCAAAGGAGAAUGGCAACUAUAAGGAAAUUACUAAGAGAUCUUCCAGAACAUCAUUUUGAAACACUCAAAUACUUAAUGUUACACUUGAAGAAAAUUGUAGAACACAGUGAAGUUAAUAAGAUGGAAGCUAAAAAUUUAGCUAUUGUUUUUGGACCUACAUUGGUACGCGCGAGUGGUUCAAGGGAUAAUAUGGUUACGAUGGUCACUGAUAUGUCUCACCAAUGUAAAAUAGUCGAAAGCUUAUUAAAUAAUGUUGAUUGGUUUUUCUCAGACGAAGACCUUGAUGAUUUAAGUAGACUUAGUGUAAAUUUAAGUCUCCCAGCUGAUGGUUGUGAGGUUGAACCAACAUCUAAUACAAAUCAUAAUCUUCUUUUAAACAAUAUACAAAAAGUCGAAGGCAUGCGUGAAAUGGUAUCAGCAAAGGACAUUGUAUCUUCAAUCAUAUCUGCAGCUAAUCGGAAAAUUCAAAGAAGACGAAAAGGCCAGGACGAAGCAGAAAAUGAAGAACACGAUGAAGAGAAGGUUAAAAUGAAGCACGAAUCGGACAGUUCACCGACGAUUCGACAAAGCAUGGCACUUAAUGAACGUCAAUGUUCUGUCAGUGAAAUAGUAUUGAUGCAUGAAAACAAAAGUCACCUCAAUCAUUCUAGUAAUUCUUCCGAGCCGACUGAUCGAUCUUCAGCAACAAAUAAUAAUAGUCCAGUAAGUGCUUCAUCCUCUAGUCGAUCCAAAUAUUCGAAUCAACUUGUGCCUGCUAUCUCUUCGAGUUCCGAAUCUUCGAGACCUUUAAGCGAGGCUGGUUUGAAUUGUGUGGAUACAAACUCGAUGACAUCAAACGCAUCCAAUGAGACUAAACAGAGUAAUGAUGAGGUAGCUAUAAGAACGUAUGCCGGACUGAGUGCAACAACACAAGAAAGAAUACGAAGGUUUGAACAAGAGACAAAGGCUAUGUUGCAGAGAGAUCAGCAUCGCCAGAGACGCGAAGCAGAGAAGAGAGAAGAGGAAAGACGAAAAAUAGAAAAGGAAUGGCAAAUGGCAAAACGAGAAAUGGAAAAUGACGAUCUCUUAGAUACUAUAGUAGACAGUACGGUGAUUCCUAAUUUUCUAUCCGAACGUCUUUCCAAUAUAAAUCAGAGGUUGGCAGAAAAAUCAUUAGCGGAUCUCCCCGAGAAACAUGUUCGAUCAAGAUCAACGACGAGAAUUACUCCGUUAUCAAUAGCUGUACAACAACAACCUACGGCGCGACAGAAAGCACAAGCUACUAAUCAACUUACUAAUGUAUUAGGCGAAAAGAUAAAUAAUGGUGUUAUCAAAAAGUUUAAAACAGAUAAAGAGCCGUCUUUAGAAUCUAUUUGCCUACCGCCUAUUCGUUAUGGCAGCUUGGAUUCGUUGCAUGAAGUACACACGCUUCCUCAUUCUUCACCCUCGCCAUCUCAACAACGGAGAGGACUUUCUGGAGAUAUCUCGGACGAUGGUAGCGAUUUAUUGACUAGCCUUACGACAACCUUCGAUCGUAAAUGGAGGUCACUCGUGAAUCCAUCAAGUCAAAUUAUUCAAACGCCCGUAGAACCUGCACCUGUCAACAAUAUCGAAAUUUCAGAUGAUCAAAAAAAACAAAAGGUGGAGGAUCUGUCCGAAAAGAAUCAACAAACAGAAAAAGUUUACCGGGAUCCUAGUCUUCAUAAAUCAUCGAUCGAUAAAAAUCAUUUUCUUCGAGUAAAAGACGAGGCAUUAGAAAAAGAUACAGAUUCAACGGUUACCGAAGUACAUGAUACAGAAGCAAUGACUACGCCGGAUAACGAUCGAAAUGCAAUCAAAUUGGAAACGAAAAACGUUCUUAAUCAUUUGAAAGAAACUAACGCGAUAACGGAUUCGACUAAAAAAGAAGAUGACAAAAAGAAAGAAAUUAUUGAUAUUGCUCAAAUUACUGCUACAAAGGAAGGAAAUGGAUCGUCGACUUUUCGCAAAUCUAGUGAUAUGGAAAAUAAAACAGAAGAAAAGAAGGUUCACGAUCGAGAACUCGAUUCGAAUUAUUCAAACAAACUAGAAAAAUUCGAGAUAUUAACAAAUACCGAGGAGAGAUCACGAUUGAAGAGAUCCGAAUCAUUGAAUAAAAGAUCGGAAAAUACUUUUUCUAAAUUAAAAAGAUCCGAAAGUUUAAACAAGCACUCCGAAAGAUUAGCUUCACCGACGAAUAGUAAAUUGAAGCGUUCGGAAAGUUUAAAUAAACACUCCGACAGAUCCGAGUCGCCUAAUAGUAAGUUGAAGCGAUCGGAGUCGUUGACUAAAACGGAGAAGACAGAAUGUAAUAUCAGUAAAAGACGACAAUCUGUUAGAAAGGAUAGUGCUACGAAAUUAAAGAGGAAAAACGGGAUGCCAGAGAGAUCAAUCAAAAGAAGACACACGGUCGGUGGUACGAAGGACUUCGAUAAAGUUCACUGGCUUGAUAAUAAAUUACAAUCGGAGGCAGAGAGAGUUGUUAAAAAUGAUUACAAGCCAAAGAAAAGUCAACUGAGAACAAGUUCACCCGAUCUAAGUACUAAUCGCGUCAACGUAACAGAUACUAGUUUUUUGAUCGAAGUCAGUUUUCGUGGUCCCAGUAAUGUUGUUUUUAAUGUUACUAAUGCACGACCACAAUCCUUGCCAGACGCCAAUUUAGCGUCGAAAGUUUUUAAAGUACCUCUCGAAAGUCACGUCUAGGUACUUCUAUUUUAUUAAAAUAAUACCUGCCAUCGCUUUCAAUUGAUAAUGCCACGUGUAAUUAAUCGCUAAACGAGCCAUAUCAAAUUCGAUAUCAGACAUUGAUCAGAUAUUUUCACAUAAACUCCGAAUCGUCUAAUAGUUAUCAAUUUGUUCAAAAUAUAUUAUAAAUUUUUUCAAAUUCAUCGAAUGUAGGUAUGCAAAGCAUAUAAAAAAUUACUCAUCCGUGCCAAAGAAUUUUGAUAUCAGUUUUUUAAAAAGUGAUUCUUUAAUCAACAUUUUUUUAUUGCUUUUGUUCAAGGAAUGAAAUUAAAAAUUUUAAUAAUUUUUAUAAAUUCAAAUUAAAUUCUUGAUUUUGGAUUUGCACGUGUAUCACUUAUCGUUUGCGAAUGAAUGAAAUGCUAAUACGCUGACCAAAUCAUUUUAUGCUAUUAUUGUAUUAUGUUAUGUUAUAUAAAUUAUAUUAUAUUAUAUAUUAUGCUAUAGCUGCAUUGAGUAUUAAUGUAGUACGCAUAUAAUGAUAUUCCGUUGGUAAAGAAAUUUAUUUGACUUUAUAAGAGAAAACAAAGAAGUAAUAUAAUAUUUCUAAGAGAGCAAGCAAUAAUCUUGCUUCUGGUAUUUAUAUUAUGUCAAUUAUCCAACACAUCAUAUUUGUGAAUUGUGAUUGAGUAAAUUUUUGUAUAUAAAGUAUAUAUACAUACAUACAUAUAUACAUAUACAUAUACAUAUAUAUAUAUAUAUAUAUAUAUAUAUAUAUAUAUAUAUAUAUAUAUAUAUAUAUAAUAAGCGGCCCGCACGAACGGUAGGAUAGUUUUAUACCGUGACGUCAAUCUAUCUUUAAAUUUAUAUUUUAAUAACCGAUUUGCAUAUUUGUGAGCCUCUCGCAUAUAUACGGUAGCGUUGAACUUGGCUUUGUUUCACAAGGUCCUUGUAAAGAUAUAAUGUUUAGCAUAAAUAGCAGAAUUUGUAUGCAUUUGUCUCUGUGUUGAAAAAUUUGUACAUAUUACACGUACACACGUUAAAUCUAAGGGUAAAUGAUAUAGUGAAAGUAUGAAAUUCGUAAAUCUUCGAAAAUAUUAUCUUAUACUUUUCCCAUUCAAAAAAAUCUUGCUUUUAAAGCAAAUAAAAAACUAGUUAAUAUUCUAUAUCUUCUCACAUAAAAGUAUACACCAUGUGAUAAAAAUGAUUACGCGUCAAUCUAUACACAUAUUAUACAAAUUGUUAUACUAUAUUUUCGACGCGUAUUGCAUAGUUUGUAAUCAAGAUUAUUUUAAUCUACGUGCGAGACUGCUGUUAUGGUAUUUUAUAGUCUAGUAAAGGCUUAAGUUUAUAUAUAUACCGAGAGAAUAAUAUGGUAAACGUCUGUUCUAAAAAUAUAUAAAGAAAUCUAAUUUACGAAAGAGAACUCGAAGUUCUCGAUAAUAUGCGAAGAUAGGAAAUGUUUUACAAAUAAUUUCAAGUUAAUACAUUUUAAUCUUAUGGAAAUCAUAAAUACGCAUGCUUUGGAAUCAAAAAGGGAAGCUUGCAACAAGAAUUUGACUCUACUGUUAUAUGUCUAAAUCGCGUUCGCCAUAUAAAAUCGACUAUAUUGCAGUUGUAUUCUAAAAGACCAAUGUACACAAAUAAUAUUGCGUUCUUUAAAGUUAGUUUCAUGUUAAGCUUUCACACAAACUACGUCAUAUAUAAACACAUAUUUUCGAAGUGAUGGUAAGAUUUGUCUCUUACCGAUUUUUUUCACUUUAAAUAUUCUCUUAGAGGGAUUGUGCCCUUGAUAUACGCGCAGAUCUGGCAAUCACCUUGACGGUUAUGUAUCUCCAAUAGAAAACAAACUCAUUAAUGCAUUUUCUUAAUCACACGCAAAAAUUCUAUCGACAUUUUCGCAUGUGUGAUUUAAGGAGACGAGUGACUGGGGACCAGAAUGAGUACUCUGAUUUACUCCAAAAUAAUUCGAGGGUUAUAGAAGCAAAAAUAUCUACAAGUAGAUUUUGAAACUUCUUAAGAUCUUUAUCGAUUCUUGCCCUGCAUUUUCGAUACAUCCAAGAGCAAACAUGAGUCGCUCAAACUGGCCCUUGAAUUCCACUUAUGUGGAAGUUCAUGUUGAAGUAGCACUUAGGAAUCAAGUGUAAAUACAAAUGUAAUUAAAUUUCGAGGGCCGACGGUAUAAUAUUUAUUACAAAACAAUAGUAUUUGUGAUUGUGUUAUUUAUUAAUUAUUGCUUAAGUCUGUUGUUCGCAGAACUCUGUAACGUUGGACGGAUAAAGGCAUUAAAUUUGUAAAUAAAAUCUUCCUAUGAGAGACACAGA